UAAAAUGAAAUACACGUUGCUAUCUGUCUGUUUUGCUGUGUCUCUGUGGCUACUCCGGAUGCCAAUGAGUCGCGCGGGUGCUACCGAGGAACAAAUGUAUGCAGCAGGUAAAAUGAUGCGUCAGGUGUGCUUGCCGAAAUUCCCGAAAAUCACCGAAGAAGUUGCGGAUGGUAUACGAAACGGCGUGAUUCCUGACGACAAAGAUGUCAAGUGCUAUGUCAAUUGCAUAAUGGAGAUGAUGCAAACGAUUAAAAAGGGUAAAUUCCUUUACGAAUCGACACUCAAACAGGUGGAUAUAAUGAUGCCGGAUAAUUACAAGGAUGAAUACCGCCAGGGUGUAAAUCUUUGUAAAGAUGCUGCAGUAGGAAUCAAGAAUAACUGCGAUGCCGCAUACACUUUGCUCAUCUGUCUAAAAGGAAAAAUUAAGGUUUUCGUAUUCCCCUGAGCGACCGCUAUUAGACACACCUACACAUAUAGUAGAUACCGUUUUUUGUUGGGAUUUUUCUAUAGCUUUAAUUUAUGGUGAAUUUUUUCAUUGUUCCUAUCACUUAGUUUAGUCAACUAUUUUGGUUGUUUUAUAUACCCUCUACCAAAAUGGUAAAAACGUAUAUUAGUUUUGUGAGAAGGAGGCGUGGCAGAGCCCAAAAAGUAUGUUUAUUCUGGAUAAGUACGACUAGAUGAGUGUACAUAUAUAGCCUUGUCUACCUGUCCGUCUGUAUGAACGCAAGGAUCUCAGAAAUAGUAAGAGAUAAAAUAGCCAAACUUGGUAUUCAUAUUAUUUUGGCUCAACUCUGUCUUGCAGAACUCCUAUAAGAGUUAAAUAGACACGAUUCCGAUAUAAAUCUAUGCUAUUGAAGCUCUGCUUAAUCAUAGGUCUGU